AUGUCCAAGCACCUCCGCCCGUCCGAUGCGGAGGCGCUUCCGCCCCCGAAACGCCUGCAUAACGCUCUCAAACAUGUCUCCCGCCCGGCGACGACAUUCGAUGGCUCGUUGUAUGAUGAGCUCGUGCUGCACAUCUUUACGUUCCUCCCCGCACAGUCGCUUUGCCGCAUCCAGCCUACGAGCCGGAACUGGUGUAGGCUCGCCGCAGACAACCAGCUAUGGAAGGGGCUGUUCCUGCAUGAGUACGGACGCCCUAGACUGCGCGGUGCCAGGGGCUUCAUCUCCGCUGGCCACAUCCACGAAGGACGGCCUACUAGACCCCUCCCAGCCCGUGCAAAGGGCAAGGAGGCAUCUCACCACGACCAUGAACGCGACUGGAAAUGGAUGUUCCGCAUAUCGUCCAAUUGGCAGACAGGACGCUGCAGUGUCGAACAGCUGCAACCGCAUCCUAUCAGAUUGUCCCUUCCGUGCCGAGGCGAAUCCGCAGAGCGAGGAUCGCACGUCCUCCUGGCCGGCACGCUCAUCAUCACCGCACCAGCCUCACCGUCCUCACAUCCUUCUCUCGCCCUCCUCGCACCCUCUGGUACGCGUCACACUCUCCACUGUCCACCUUCUACUCCUCCAUGCCGUAUAACCGCCCUUGCUUUGGAUCAAUCACGUCCCUCUUCGGCCUCCCAUCCUUUGUCGCGUUUAGCGGUAUUCCUGUCCACCGGCGCCUUUUAUAUCUUCACUAUCGACCACGCCUCUCUUCACCUUUCCACCCUGCUCACAUCCCACGUCCCCUCUACGCACACGUUGACCCCCCGCGUGAUUCAAACAGCCGCCUAUCACCAUCCCCUUCUGGUUACCCUCUCUACAGCCUACUCCGCCUCAUUCUCCGUUUCCCUCUACUCCAUUUCGUCCUCCGUCCCCAGCAGACCGAAAUACAUUCAAACCCUUAGUAGCUUUACCUCCUUCGCGCCCGCAUCCCUUGUUCUCUCCAAACCUUCCUCAGGCGCAGGAGCCGGUGGCUACAAACUCGUGAUCGCCUACAGUGUUCCCGUCUAUCCGCGCCACUGGUCCGUCGGCGCCACAGAGCUGCUCAUCUCUCCUUCAUCCUCCUCGUCGGUGAGGGAGACACUCGGCACCGAACACAGUGCAGAGUUCAUAGAGGAAGAGGAGUUCUCCGUCACAUCUACACGAAGCGCGCGCGCGUUCGACGUCCCCGCCGGCUUCCUCGAUGCUUCUAAGGUCCGCGCCAUGCGCGAGCAGUGGGGCCGAAAAGUUGCUGCUGUUGCGGACGUGCAAACCGACGGGAAAUGGGUGGUCCUCGGACCCUCUCCCUCUACGCCGGCAUCGUCUCCGUCCUCGACAGGUCGCUCUCGCUCCCCUUCGCCAGCAUCUACGUCUGCGUCGUCUGCAUCGACAUUUUCAGAUCAAUUAGCUAUCCACUCCUCCACGCCGCUGCAGCUAUAUCGCCUCUCUUCCCCGUCUUCCUCUUCAUCGCCACCGAAGCUAGUAUUCACGCGCACGCUGCACGGCGCUACUGGACCCCUAUCCUCGCUUGCCCUAGCCGACGGGCGCUGCGUCGCCCUCGGCGCCACUGGCGGCGUCUGGGUUUGGGAUCUCGACAAAUACAGGGCCGAAACUCGCCCUCGGCUAUCCCAGCGUAACGAGGACGCAGAACAGGAUGACGAGCAGCGCGUAUUCGGCGUCGAGGUUGCGGAGCCGGACCUUGCAGCUAAGCUCAGCGACGACGCGGUCCAAACGAGCGUUGCGUUCGACGAACGACGGAUUGUGAGCGCGGAUGCGCGCGGGACGGUUGCCGUGCGCCGAUUUGACGUUUGAAUGCCCGGACUGCGUGUGGCGACGGACGGGCCGUUCUUGCUUAUCGCUGGAUAUCUAACCCUCUUAGAGUGUACCUAUAGCAUCUGGUCGUUGUAUUGGCUCAUGGUCGUGCCUUGUUUUUCUACGUUCGCCAUACCCGAAGCAUUACUACUUGAAGAAACGGCGGGUGCCCCGCCGCUCCACUCUCGCUCGCAGUUACUUCCUGAAUUGUAUUCAAUCGUCGACUAUGCGGUCU